CUGAAGCACUCCAGCAGCCUCUCUCAGAAGACCAGCCAUGGCCAGCCCAGGGCUCCCGCUCCUGCUCUUGCUGCUGGCGGCCCCACCACUGCAGCCCUCCUGGCUGCCACCGCCAGACACCCCAGAGGGCAAGGCCACCAUCACGGGCUUCAUCCUCUCUGCACUGGACAGAGCCACGUCCUUCCUGAAAAAGAGGCUGCCCGAAAUCAACCUGGACGGCGUGGUGGGGUUCCGGAUGCUGGAAGUGCAGCUCAAAGGCGUUCAGGAGAAGUGGGCACAGGACUCCCAGCUGCAGCCACUCAGCCUGCGUGUGGGCAAGCUGGUGGAGAAGUUGGCUCCUCUCCUCCAUGAUUCCAUCUUCUACCUCAACCUGAGUGACCCCGAGUACCUGAGACAGUUCCACCUGACCAUCAAACCUGGGUUUUGGAAGCUUCCACGUGCCUGGACUCACACUGAGGCCUCCAUGGUCUACCCCACUUUUGAGCAGGAGGACUCCUUCUCAGAGGAGCUCAGUGACUUGUGCCUGGUGCAGCUGCUGGGAACCGGGACAAACAGCAGCCAGCCCUGCCGGCUCUCCAAUUUCUGCAGAAGCCUCAUGACCAGGCCCGGCUGCUCUGGCUACUGCCUGUCCCACCAGCUACUCUUCUUCCUCUCAGCCAGAAUGAGGGGGUGCACCAGAGGGCUGUUCCGCCAGAGCCAGCACUACAUGAACGUCUUCUGUGCCAACAUGAUGGACCUGAACCGGAGAGCCGACGCCAUCGGAUAUGCCUACCCAACCCGGGAUAUCUUCAUGGAAAACAUCGUGUUCUGUGGGAUGAGUGGCUUCUCCGACUUCUACAAGCUCCGGUGGCUGCAGGCCAUUCUCAGCUGGCAGAAGCCGCGGGAAGGAUGCUAUGGGGAGCCAGCUGCUGAAGAUGAAGAAUUACCUAAAGCCAUUCAGUACCAACAGCAGUUUUUGAGAAGAGUGAAGAGGCGAGAGAAACAGUUUGCAGAUGGCUGCUCCUCCCACAACACAGCCAUGGCUGUUGCAGCCCUGGGUGGCUUCCUCUAUGUCCUGGCGGAAUACCCCCCGGCAGAGGGAAAGCUGCAGCCACCCACGAUGACACCACCCAACCAGCACUGACACAGUUCCACGCCUGCCACCACCAGGAAGAUGAAGCCCACACCUUUAGUCCAUCGUAUUCUGAAGUCCUGGGGUGCAGGUCACAUCCUGAGGCUGAAGCAGCUGAAGCAAAGAACCCAGGGUCAUCGCUGUCCCCCUUGCCCUCGGGCAGCCGAGCGGGGGAGGUGGGGCCGGGAUGGACCCAGGUGUGGGAGCAGAUGAAUAAAUGUAGAGUGCAGCUGA